CUUGCCGUACUUAACUGGUGUCUAGAAGUUGAUUCGCCUUCUUGUAUCCGAUUCCAUCGAAAAUGGACCAAAUCUGGUUGCUUGGCGACUCGCUUACGCAAGGCGGAUAUGAGCCUGAACAGCACGGCUUCGUUGCCCGACUCUCUCAUGUGUACAAUCGCAAGUUUGACGUCGUAAACCGAGGAUUUUCUGGGUAUACUACCAGAUGGAUACUCCCUGUGUUCAAACAGGUUUGGCCGCUGGCGACGGUCUCUCGCCCAAAGAUACAUAUAUUGGGCAUCUGGUUCGGUGCGAAUGAUGCUGCGCUACGACCGCCGCAGCACGUGCCUCUUCCCGAAUUUAUGGCAAACCUCAAAGAAUUAGCGACGAUGGUGAAAGAUCCAGAAAGCGAAUACUACUCACCCGAUACUCAUGUCCUGUUCAUUACGCCGCCACCGGUCAACACGCAUCAGCGCUUUGCCGAUUUGAGCACGCGGGGACCUGCAAAGGAGCUCGAUAGAAGCUUCGAACAGACCAAGACAUACGCAAAGGCCGUAAAGGAGGUCGGAUAUUCGCUGCAGGCUCCUGUUGUAGACGUAUGGACCGAACUAUGGAACGCAGCCGGCCAGAAGGAAGAGGCACUAUCAGCGUAUCUUACCGACGGUUUGCACCUGAACGGCGCUGGAUACGACAUUCUUUACAAACUUAUCUUAGACACCAUCGGAUCUGAGUUAACAAGAUAUCACCCAGAUCGACUACAGAUGGUUUUUGCUCCGUACGUAUCGUGUGAUCCCUCUUGUCCUGAUUUUAUGUUGACGAUCGUGUGGGUAGGUGGAGUGAGAUUGACCCUGAUGACCUGGAAAGAUCUCUGAAAGCGCGAAGUCCCUUCCCGGAGUCCGAAUAGGAAGGAUGAUGCAUCGACAUUGACUGGCGAGCAUUUUUCUCGGCAGUCGCAGACCUGUUUUCCUUGUAUGGGCAUCCAGUGCCGGUUGAAUUUACAUGAGGCAUGAUACAAUGUACAACGAAGAUUAAC